AUGCCACCGCUUGCUGACGGACUAGCGUCUGCUCACCCGGAUAGUUUGAGAAAUCCAUUCCACCAGAGCGAGCGCACCUAUGGCGAUGCGGCACGGCGCAUAAGUGAGUCGCCGCAGAAAGCACGCCCGGGCAACGAAGGAAUCGGCGGAGCGUGCAUGGCGGAGGAAGGGAAGGCCCGUUGGGCGCGGAUGAUGGUGCGCUGCCCCAUAUGGGCACACACAACCCCCCCGACGGGGAGCGUAGGGAACACCGUAACAGGGCAGGAAGCACGCCAUAUCAAUAGCCUCUCUGGUGUUGGCCGAAGUGGCCUUGACUCGCGUUCAGUAACUACCACACCCGCUUCUCAUGCUGCCCCGUCACGGAUCGCGGCGCCAGCAGGCGGCAGUGUUGGUUGCCUGCCCUUGGCUGCGCCGGCCACGCCCUCUCCCCCUGGCCAUCUUCCGUCAGCGGGCUCGUCGUCUUUCCCUCGUAUGCCUGCUCCUGCGGCGUCGGCCACUGAAGCUGCUUGCGCUGAGCAGGCGCAAGGCGCAGUAGCAGGUGGCGACGGUGCCGCCCAGACGAGCGCAGGUGAAGCGGCAAGGGGGAAGGCGACGGCCCUUCCACUUACCGCCGCAGGCGGGCUUGCUGUGGUGCCGCCGCGUGCGGACAAUGUGGGCGCACGGCUCGUCUCCCCCACCGCCCCACACCCAGCAGUGCAGCAUCAAUCUUCACCACCCCAACACGCGGCCCUACCACCACCACCAGCGUCGCCGUCGCUGUUGUCGCCGUCGCUGCCUGGCGACAGGCUGGGCGACAGGAACGCGUUGGAUCAAGCGGCUAUUCCUCUGCUCGACGUGGCGGCCGCGCAGAACAGGAAGGCCCGGGAAAUUGCCGCCGCGGUCACGCCAGGCGCUUCGGUCUCCGUUGCGGCCCGCGCGCGUGGCGGGUUGUGGAGUCCGCUGGGCAGUCCCGCGGGCAUCAGCCCGCACGCGCGCCUGUCCAGCAGCAUCGCGUCGCAAGCGGGCUACAUGCCGAGUCCUGAUUGGUCCGCGGGGUAUCUCACUCCCAUGAUGCCUAGCCCCGACCCCCGCGCUGCCUUCCACCAUCGUCCCCCUCAGGGCGCGCAGCCCUGCGCGAUCGGCGCGUGGACAGCGGGCGGGGCGCAUCCGUCGAGCGCGGGGAGCGCAACGAGCAGCAGGGGCGGGAGUCAGUGGGAUGACGCGGUGGCGCGCAAGAGAUCCGCGUCGUCGGGGGCAAUGGUGUGGGCGGAGGAGCUGGAGGCGGCGGUGAGCGGCGCAAGUGGCGGGGAGGGGCAGCGGAUUGCGGACGCCGUCGCAGCGCUGAGGGGAGCAAUGGAGGCGGAGGCGGUGCGCAGGCAGGGGACGUUGAGUGGUAAAGCGGACGAGACGGGGGGACUGAGGGACGGGCACGAGGAGCAGAGCGAGGUGAAGAGGGGAGGGGAAGAUGGCGAGGGGGAAGGAGAGGGGAGAGAGUUGGGCGGAGGUGUUGCAGCAGCGGAGGGGAGCAGCACUUGCUACGGGGAGAGUGGGGGGCUGGGGCCUGGGCGGGAUCAUGGCAUGGAGGACAGCGAGAGGGGUGUGAGCUGUGUAGUGGGCGCACUGGGUAAUGGGCGCAGAGAGGAGUCACAGAGCGGUGAGGCGCAGAUGCGGGAUGGAGGGCAAGAAGGGGGAGAGGACGGGCCUGAUGAUCUGGUGAGGGAAGCGGGUGGGUUGGGAGCGGAGGGAGGUGGGGCAAGUGUGGAGCAGAGUGGGGGAGUGCAGGAGCAUCUGGGCGUGGUGAGGGAGGUGUCACGCGAGUCAUCCAGCGCGCGCAUCAUGCUGGCAGACGCAGGCGUGGCGGAGCUGCUGCUGCAGCUGCUGGAUGACCGAGUGUACCCGGCACACGUGGUGAGCACGGCGUGCCUCAUCACCCUCAACCUUGCUCUGGAGCCCUCCCUCAAGCGCAGGCUGGGAGGCGAGGGAGCCGUGGCGCAGCUGUUGGUGCUGCUGCAGUCGCGCGAGAAAGGGGUGAGUGACGCAGCGGUGGCGGCAGUGAGCAGCCUGCUGGCGGAGGAGGGCAACCGCAGGGUGGCAGCAGGGAUGGGCGCCACGGGGCUGCUGGCGGAGGUUGUAAGGGAGGAGAGGAAGGCGCCGCGUGCGCGCAAGGAUGCGCUGAUCGGCCUCUUCAACCUCAGCAUUGACCCACACACACGCGAGGCUGUGCUGCUGCGGCACGACCUUGUCCCGUGCGUGCUCGCGCUCCUGUCGGACCCUGACUGCAGCCCUGCACACAUGCCGGCAGCUGCGCUGCUGUCCGUGAUGGUGCGCAUGCCUGCAGUGUGCCGUGUGGUGGAGGGCAACGAUGGAGUGCCGGUGCUGGUGCAAGCGCUGGAGGACGGUGAAACAGCCAUGCAGGGCCACGUGGUGGCCGUGCUAUUGCAGCUCGCACUCACCAUCACCGCCACACGGCAGAGAAUUUUCCAGGAAGGCAUCAUUCCCUCUCUUGUCGUGCUUGCUGAGGGGUCGACGGGCCGCACUCGAGACAAAAAAUGCCAAUCUGUGUCGACGCGAGCCACGAGGUUUCAAGUUCGGGCAGCAGUUGCGGAGAUCACGGAGAGCGAAUUCACGGCGAAGGUCCUCGAGGCAGAUUCUCCAGUGCUGGUUGAUUUCUGCGCUAAGUGGUGCGGCCCGUGCCGACUGAUCGCGCCUGUCAUGGAAUGGGCCGCCAAGGAGUACGAGGGUCGGCUGCAGGUGUACAAGAUCGACGUGGACGCGUGUCCGAAGCUGGUGGAGAAGUACAAGGUGUACGGGCUGCCGUCCGUCGUCAUCUUCGAGAACGGCCAGGUGGUUCCCGGCGGACACAUUGAGGGCGCGCUCACGUCCGCCAAGCUCAAGGGCAUCCUCGCAUCCACGGUGCCCGCACUCGCGUGA